AUGGCGCUCUUCGAGAGGGACCAACACGUCAGUCAGGUGAAGGCACGGUUGGUGCGUAGUGAGAUUAAUGGCACCACCAGGCGACCGCCAUCGCUGAGGAGGGACUCGCCGAGUAAGCCCACACAGAUGGCCCGGCACCAGUGGGUGGCCAGGCAAGCGGUGCGAGGGGCGGUGGAUGCAGCAGGUGCCCCUGGCGUGUGCAUGCAGGGCAGACAGGCAGCAGGUGCCUCUGGCGUGUGCAUGCAGGGCAGACAGGCAGCAGGUGCCCCUGGCGUUUACAUGCAAGGCAGACAGGCAGCAAGUGGCCCUGCACAUGUAAGGGAGACUGGCAGCAGUUGCCCCUGUACAUGCAAGGCAGACAGGCAGCAGGUGCCCCUAGCAUAUAAUCACUGCCGGCUAACUUACCCAGCUGACGGGAGUUGCUGCUGGCCUGAGCUCGGUCAGCUACCCGGCUGUUCCAGUAUUCUGCUGCUCGACUCUACUAUCUCAACCUUACUGGUUGACGAGACUGUGGACCAGACGUCCAAUCCUUCAGCCCCCUUCCACGCCACUCCACCCUCCACCCCUCCACACCCAACAACGCCACCCCACCCUCCACCCCUCCACACCCUACCACGCUACCCCGCCCUCCACCCCUCCACAUCCCAACACACCAUCCCACCCUCCACCCCUCCACACCCUACCACACCAACCCGCCUUCCAUCCCUCCACACCCCACCACAACAACCCGCCCUCCACCCCUCCACAGCCCACCACGCCGCCACCACCGUCCAUCCCCUCCAUACUCCAUCACGCCACCGCUCCCUCCAUCUUUCCACACCCCACCACGGCAUCCCGCCCUCCACCCCUCCACACCCCAUCACGCCACCCUGCCCUCCAUCCCUCCACACCCCACCACGCCGCCCACAAUUAUCCACCCCUCCGUACUCCAUCACGCCGCCUCCACCUUCCAUCCUCUUCAACCCACCAUGCCGCCCCCACCUUCCAUCCUCCUCAACCCAUCACGCCGCCUUCACUCUCCACCCCUCCUCGAACCCACCACGCCGUUCCCAACCUCGUAAGCAUGCCUUAGCGUGGGGUAACACACCUGAGGCUGCAGGACAACAGGCGGCUGGCCACCUUCGGAAUGCCCCACGCCCUUCAGCUCACCGCCACUAUAUCUUCCCUCCUCCCACAACGCUCUUAGCCACUAACGUAUCCCCAUCUCAGCACCCUAUACAUCGCAUCGCGGCACCUUUUCCAUCCCUCCAUUCCUUUUAG